UGUAACUUCAAGCCCUAAAGUUUCCCUUUUCCCCUUUCCCUUCCCCCGUCGAUCGGCCGGAGAUUAGAUUCCGUCAAUAUCCUUCAUCGGCUUCCCGUCUCGAUCGCUUCCCUUCUUUCCUUUCCACGUCUCCUUCCUUUCCCCUCUUCCGAUUGAUACCGAUUUCCCCUAUUUUUCACUCCGCGUCGGACGAAUUUAGGGUUAGGGUUUCUUGUUGGGUUCGUCCUUCUUCAAUCGAUAUUUAGAUCUCGCGUUUUGCGUAAAAGGCCGUUCGAUCUGUGAUAGUUUAGCCUCUAGAUCCGUCCUUGAUUUGGUGUUCUCUGUUGGUGAUUCGAAUUUAGGGUUAGGGUUUGGGGCUUCUCGCUCCGCCCUAUGUCCGUCAGGUAUCGUUGUGCGUCACUUGUCUUCUUUUCAUCUGUUCGUCGUUUGAGGAUUUGAUUGGGUGAAAUUUUCGGGGUUUUCCCAUUGUCUGUGGCCCUAAUUGGGGGAUUAAGUCGAUCUGUCUAAUCAUCGCUUGAUCUCGUGGUGUCCUGCCUAUGUCAAGUAAUCCUUCGUCUGAUUGCUAGCUCCCUUUUAUCGAUUUCGUUUUUACUCUCUUAUCUGUACAGCACUUCCAAGUUUUUGCUCCCAUCUGAUCUGAUCCUCAGUUUCUGGGGUUGUUGAACAAUCAUUUUGGGGCUUUAAUAAUUGUUUCAUUACUUGACUCCAAUUUGUACAAUAGGCUCUUUAAUUUCGUAGAUAAUUACCAUUUGGGUCCGUUGCCUGAGGAUUCUUGCCUGGAGUGUUCUUCCAAGGUUAAAAUAUGGUUCUUGAGCAUAAGAAGCGGCCAUUUUGUGAGGAUGAGUCAUGCCAACUUACUUCCAAGAAGCAUGCUGGGCAGUUGGAAUGCAACAAUCGUCUGCCUACUUUUGAAGAAAUCUUCCAGUGCAACAAUUUACCUCAUGAGCUAUUUGAUUCAGGUGUUAAAUGGCCUUUAAGAUGUGAAGACAACAAUAUGCUCGUAGCUGAUACCUUCAUUGGGUCUGUGGUUCCAGGUGGAAGAGUAUCCCAGAACAAGGGUGUUCAUGACAUUUUUAGUUCCUCCUUCCCACCCACCACCGAUACUUCUGGAGUUCCUAGUAACCAGAUCAAUGCCUUCCGUGGACAUGAAGUGGGCUGUGAUUCGCCAGUAGAGGAAUCAGGAACCUGUGGCCUGCAUGACUAUUGCUCAAGACAUGUUUUAACACGCAUCAAGGAGCCUGAAUUUGCAUUGCUUGAUUAUUAUCCUCGGAAACCUGUAGCCAUUGGGCCUGAUCAUCAAGCACAUGUGCCUGUAUGGGAGCCAGAGCUUCUGAAUUCACCAUUCUCUUCAAGAAAGAUGGAUAUUGUGUUUGAGGAAGAUGAUCAGAGGAAAAUGGGUUCUUGUAUAAUCCAAAUGCCUGACAUGGAAUCAGAUUCUUACCAUGACAAAAAUAUUGGGAGCAGUAGAGUUCACUGUACCUGCCUCGACCAAGGAUCUGUGAGGUGUGUCAGACAGCACAUAGCAGAAGAGAAGGAAAAGCUGAAGUCACUUCUUGGGCAAAAUAUAUUAAUGGAGUUGGGGUUUGAUGAGAUGGGGGAGGAUGUUGCAAGACGCUGGAGCAUGGACGAAGUAAACUUGUUCCAGGAAGUUGUCUAUUCAAAUCCUGUGUCAAUGGGAAAAAAUUUUUGGGCUGAACUCUCUCUAGCAUUCCCCGCAAGGUCCAAGAAAGAAUUAGUCAGUUAUUAUUUUAAUGUCUUUAUCCUUGGCAAAAGAACUCUUCAGAAUCGAUGGGAGACUUGUGAUGUUGACAGUGAUAAUGAUGAGUGGCAGGGCGGUGAUUAUAAUGAGUUAGCAGAAUCAGAAGAAGAUGAAGAUUCUGUUAUGGAGUCUGAAGCAGUUGAUCAUGAUGAGCUCACUUCUGUCUAUCAUGUUUGUGAGAAUGAGGAAGAAUAUGAUGAUGAUGAUGAUGAUGAUGAUGAUGAUGGUGAGGAGGAAGGAAUUGAGGGGAAUGAAAAAUGGGAGGAGGAGGAGGAGGAGGAGGAGGCUGUGACUGAAGAUGUUUCUGGAGAACUUGAUGCCCAAAACUGUUUUACAAACUCACCUGAUGGUGGUUGUGUUUCUGGUCUAGAUAUCCAUCUUGAUGAAGCAAAUCAGGACAGAUGUACAGAUGCUCAAGACACACGCAAUGCGUCUUCUGUGCCAUGUGAGUGUUGCCAUCAUGGCAAUGAUUUCCAAACUGCUAUAGAUACUUCAGCUAUGCCAUGUCCAUGUCCUGAAGCUACUGUCAAGGCUCAAGGUAAUAUGGCUGAAGCACGUACAUGUGGCAACAAGGAGUCUGGUGGUGUGUUUGGGGAAGGGUUCCUCUGUGAACAUCCUUGUGAUUCAAAGAUCUGGGAUAUUGGGUUUGUUUCAAUGUCUGGGAAAGAUGUUGACAUCCUACCUACCUGUAGUAUGAUGAAGGAAGUGUUUGGUGAUGAAGCCUGGAAUAAUGAGGUGCUGAGGGACAGUUCUAGAAUCAGCUAGAUGCGUGUUCAAGUAUUAUGCUCUUGCUGCUUCUGCAUCCAUACUUGUUGGUUAAGAGUUUUAAGACAUUACUCUAAUACUAGUGAAUGGUUGCAAGGGUAGACUCUCUCUGUAUGUUCAUGGUGGAAGGUCAAAUUAUCUUCUACUAUGAAAAUUGACGACGUCCUCCCACUGCCUCUUUUAAGGAUACUGCUCAAAUCUCGAGAAGAAUACAGGGAUACUUUUCACAUCUCUUAAGAGUACCAAUCGUGUCGUCCUCAUUUUUUCCUUUUCUUUGAAUGUUAAUUGUUUAUGUUUUUUUUCUUUUGUUGGUCUAUGUAUACAAGUCUAGAAGAAGUUAAAUUUUUGCUUGUUAUCCCAUCCCAAGUCCUUUUUCUUGGAAUCUCUUGUCCUCACUUGUAGGAUGUUCGAUAUAAACCCUUCUCCCUGAUGUAAGAAAUGAAUGUGGAAAUCAAUUUUUGAUGUAAAUUUUUUAUUUACUUGUUAUAA